AUGCUUGCCACGCCAUUCUUUGGCACAGUCAUGUCGGAGUACUGCUUUUCACUCAUCAUGAAAUUUUUGCACUUUGCAAACAAUGAUAAUUUUGACGAAUCGACUCAUCCGGCCCCCAAACUAAAGAAAAUUUGGGAAGUCUCCCAAAUAAUUCUCAGGAAUUUCCAGCAGAGCUAUGUGCCAGAGAGAGACAUCUGUAUAGACGAAAGUCUAAUGGCCUACAAGGGAAGGCUCAGCUGGAUACAAUAUAUCGCAUCCAAGAGAGCACGAUUUGGUGUCAGAUCCUACCUGCUGUGCGAAUCCUCUACCGGCUACAUCUGGAACACAAUUAUUUACACCGGCAAAAGAACAAAAGUUGAUCCAAAGUACAGCAACUAUGGAAUGGCAACAUCUUCCGUCCUGUCACUGAUUGAGCCUCUGCUAAACCAAGGUUACUGCAUAACAAUGGACAAGUUCUACACCUCUCCAGAACUUUACAAGGUUCUUCUGCAGCACAAAACGGAUGCCUAUGGAACCGUUCGGGCUAACCGGCGCAACCUUCCAUCGAUGUUUGGAAAAACCAAACUGAAGCCUGGAGGAAUAGUUGCCUGGCAGAAAGGCAAAAUGAUGGCACUGAGAUGGCGGGAUAAGAAGGAUGUGUGCCUGAUGAGUACCGUUCACAAUGCCUCCACAGUGAUGGUCCAAUCAAAAGGUGGGAAACACAUGCAGAAGCCGCAGGUUGUUAUUGACUACAACAGAACCAUGGGAGGUAUCGACAGAGCUGACCAAGCUAUGACAUUCUAUCCAGCAAUGAGAAAACAACAGAAAAAAUAUUACAAAAAGAUUUUCCGGCAUCUUCUAGAACAGUGCUUGUGGAAUGCCUACAUUCUGUUCCGCAAAAACAGUGACAACCCUGUGCUUCAUGCGGACUUUAUCUGGAAAGUUGCGGAAUCCAUCUUCCUGAAACACCAAACGCCAUCAAUGUCUGUGGGUAGAUCCGGGCGACGUGCUGUGGGAGUUGUCAACCCAGAACGCCUGACUGGACGUCACUUUAUAGACCACAUCCCACCAACCCAAAAAAAGGCAGCACCUACCAGGAUGUGCGUGGUAUGUUGCUCUCGGCGAGAUGAGAGUGGAAAAAAAAUCCGCAAAGAAACGAGGUUCCACUGUCCUGAUUGUGAUGUCGGACUUUGUGCAGUCCCGUGUUUCAGGAUAUACCACACGCGGGAUGUUUUCUAG